GAAAACAAAAUUUAAAAAGACGCCAAUUUUCAGAUUUUUGCUUUUGUUUCAAAAUCUGACACAAUCUUUGAUUAUUUCCAACAUGCAAUGAUUUUAACUUCGAAUUAUAUGACUUCUUGCACUUGUAUGGGGGCUCUCGAUUUCAAGCACUGAUAUCCGAUUUACUUUUACUAUAGAAAUGUAUUCAUGUUAUUUGUUUUUUUACAUUUGGCUUACUGAGUGUGUUUACUGCUUGGUGAGCUCAUGAUCAGCGUGUGUUUUUAUAGAUGUUAAAGCCUUAACUUUGAAAUUUCUUGAUGGGAACUUUUGGUUACUGUUGUCCGCAGCUAAAUUUGAUUUUGUAUACAUGUGUGCUGGUAUAUACCUGAUUAGAUUUUAUGUUUGGUAUUGGUGGUAUGGGUUUUGGUUAAGUAUUGAGUUUAGUCUUUUCAUUGGUUAUAGUAUACUGUUAAUUCCUUUCACAGUGUGCAUAAUUAUGAAUGCGUUUCUGUUCUAUGAUAUGUAGAAGCUUCUUUUGUUUACUUGGGGAACAAAAUUAGGUUAAGAAUUUUGAGUACAGGGAUUAGGUUUAAGAGUCUUGGACCCUAAGCACAUACAGGUUAAGUGUGGGAAAUAAUUUUUAAUGGGCUUGUUUUAGUUUGAAUUAUUAGAGCAAAACAGAUGCUUGCUUACAUAACUCAGAUACCCUUUGACUAUGAGCAAAUCAGGCUACGGAUGGUUGGUCAUUAGGGAUUAUUGUAUAUUUUGAUUUUUCAAGGUUUCCACUGUGUACAUUACUUUCUGAAUUUCCAAUGAGAUAGUAAAAAUUUUAUGUGGAAGGAGAUAGUUACUUUAUACAGGAUGAUGGUGUUGGAUGUUUAUAACCUGUAGGACAACACAUAGGACAACCUGUAGGGACUGUACCUUUAUGUAGGGCAAGAUGCAUCAAAUUGUGGCUGACUAGAUUUUCCAUUUCUUUAUGAAAUCUAUGUCUCAAACAUGUAGGACUCAGUGGUUUCGUUUUGUGGGAAUCGAAUAUGUGCUUUGUAACAUUGAAAGCAUUGCAAGGAAUAAAAUUAUCUGGAAUGGGGCCGUUAUGAAAUGGGAUAUUAUAACUUUCUGUAUUGGUCUUUGCUUUUCAGAUUUUCAUUAACCACCGCUAAAUUUUUUUAUCUUGUAAACUUAUGUUACAUCAAUGGCGGUCAUCUUAUGUGAGGACCAUAUUUGUGAGGAUGCAGAUUCCACAUGAUACUACCUUUUUAAAGAAAACUUGUAAACUUGAUGAUCAUGGAACUAGUUCAUGCAUACAUAUUAUGAGUUGGUAAUGAAUGAUAUACUUUUUGGUAACAUUAUGAAAAGCUUUUGUUGGUGUUCUUAUAAUGUUAGUUGGCUUUUAGUAGUUUGCUGAUUGUCUUUCAUUUUAUGAUGCAAAUCAUUUCCUGUUAACAAUAUAUUUGAACUUUUGCAAUUUGUAUCACUUAGUUUUUCUGAUUUGAUUAUGUAUUUUCAGCAUCAAUAUUGGGUUCUUUCUUAUAAGAACAAUAUUUUAGAGACGUGAUAGGAAAAUGAGGUUUUGUUAAGUUAACUGCAUGCAAUGGACUUCUUUUCCAUGCUUUAACCUUAUGCUAAGUUUUCUCCAUCCUGGUCUUAGAUUUUUCUGGCAGGCUUAAGAAAACUGACUCAUUAUUUGGUAUUUAUAAUCACGAGAAUUAUAUGCCGCACUAUUGGAUAUAUUUGUGUCUACCUUUGACAUGCUUUUGACACACUGUUAUUUUCCCUAUUACAUUUCAGUGGUCUCAUUUUCUUUCUGUUUCUUUAAUUUGUAAUUAAUAUAAGGUGGAAAAUCGGGGAUGAUCUUGCCAAAACAAUAACCUUACCUGAUCUUUUGUUUUAUUAUCUGUAGCGAGCAAAUAUCGUCCUUGUACUGGAGGCCGAUGGAGCCUAAUGGUCAUAGGAGAGUGAGGAGAAAGGAUAAUUAUGUUCAAGAAAAUGGGGACACAAGUCAGUCAAAUGCCGGUGAUGAGCUAGAUCCAUGGACUGCAUGGGCAUACAGGCCUCGGACCAUUUCAAUGUUACUUAUUGGCGCAUGUUUUCUUAUUUGGGUAAGUGGAGCCCUAGAUCCAGAAAGCAGUGCAUCUGGAGAUCUUGUUACAUCUGUAAAAAGGGGUGUAUGGGCAAUGAUUGCAGUUUUUCUUGCUUAUUGCUUGCUGCAAGCCCCAUCUACGGUUCUUAUCAGACCACAUCCUGCAAUUUGGCGCUUGGUUCAUGGAAUGGCUGUUGUUUACCUUGUUGCUCUCACAUUUUUGCUUUUCCAGAAGCGCGAUGAUGCUCGGCAGUUUAUGAAGUUUCUCCAUCCUGAUCUUGGUGUUGAACUUCCAGAAAGAUCUUAUGGUGCUGAUUGUCGCAUAUAUUUGCCUGAAAAUCCUAAAAGCAGGUUUAAGAAUGUUUAUGAAACACUUUUUGAUGAAUUUGUUGUAGCUCAUAUAGUUGGGUGGUGGGGAAAGGCUAUACUGAUCCGUAAUCAGCCCCUUCUGUGGGUGCUUUCCAUUGGAUUUGAGUUGAUGGAGCUUACCUUCCGCCACAUGUUGCCAAAUUUCAAUGAAUGCUGGUGGGACAGUAUUAUUCUUGACAUUUUGAUCUGCAACUGGUUUGGUAUCUGGGCAGGAAUGCAUACAGUUAGAUACUUUGAUGGAAAAACAUACAAGUGGGUUGGUCUAAGUCGACAGCCUAAUAUUAUUGGAAAAGUCAAACGAACACUGGGACAAUUUACACCAGCUCAGUGGGACAAAGAUGAGUGGCAUCCCUUGCUUGGUCCAUGGCGUUUCAUUCAAGUCCUCACUCUUUGCAUUGUAUUCAUGACUGUAGAGCUCAAUACAUUCUUUCUUAAGUUCUGUCUAUGGAUUCCGCCGCGGAACCCCUUGAUUGUGUAUAGGUUGAUCUUGUGGUGGCUAAUUGCAAUUCCAACAAUUCGCGAGUACAAUUCAUACCUUCAAGAUCGAACACCAGUGAAGAAGGUUGGGGCAUUUUGUUGGCUUUCCGUAGCUAUUUGCAUUAUUGAACUUCUGAUUUGCAUAAAGUUUGGACAUGGAUUGUAUCCUAAACCAAUGCCACUAUGGAUGGUAACGUUUUGGAUGUCUGCUGGAGUGGCCCUUGUAUUAUUUUUGAUUGUUUGGUCGUGGCAACUGCAUCGAAGUUUAGGGAGAAAGAGGCGAUGAUUUUACUAUUGUGGUACAUCAUUCUUUGAUUGCUUCCUUGCCCCUGGUCUCAAGGUUAUCGAUCCAUGUUGUAAAUAUUUAUCACCCUUUAUUAAUUGUACAUCCUGAUUCUCUUUUAGAUUAGCGGAUCACAGUUCCUUGAGUAGAAAAUAUUUAUUCUUUCUUGCUAGCCAGGCUGUUGCAGAUACUUUAAGGCUCGGAAAUUACUGGUUUGCCACUAUUACUGGCAGGUUUUUUCCGAGUCUGAGGAUGAGCCAUUUUGAACUACCAAUUCCUUUAUGUUGUAAUGUUGUAGGUUUUUUAUUUUAUGGGUUAUAACUUAUAAAAUUGUCAGUAAAAGAUUUCAUAUAUGUAAUAAUGUACCAAAUGACAAUGGAAGCUUUCGUUCUACC